GUAACUUUUAAGCAUUUCCCUGACAAUUUCUUUGUAGUUUGGAUCCUUGACAUUGUCUAAAUGUUUUUAAAUCACUUGUUUGAAUGAAGUCUACGUCGAAAGUUCCACAAUAUUCAUUACACGCCUGAAAUCUUCAUCUUUCAUUAACGUUCUAAUGUCAGGGCCUGUAAAGAUGCUGUGUGUGUGUAUAUGUGGUGGUAGGCAGGGGUUAAAAUGAGCCGGCACAGGGCAAAACUGUGUUGCAUCUGUUGUAUCUGGUUCCACCUUUGCCAGCUCACCUUGUAGUUGUUGUGUGUGCAAUGUUCCUUUAGACAGUAUGGUGUUUAGGCCCUAUGUAAAUUUCAGCUCCAGGCCCAUCUGGACCUUAAUCUGGCACUGGGCGGGGGCAAGUUUUAUGAUGAGAACUGAAUUGCAACGUUCUUUACUACAUACUGAAUUCAUUUAAGACGAUGUUUUAUAAUAAAUGUAGGCAGAAUACAUUUAUUCCAUUAAUGAAUAUAAAAAAAGACAUUCAGAACUAGAAAAACGUGAUACGAUAUGUAAAAUCGGGAGUCAUUUUCGUGUUCAGAAGCCAAAAAUCUAUAAGUAUCACAUAAAUUUGUUAAAGCUCUUUCAUUGCAGUAAUUUUCAGAGAAGUAAUCUGCAUUGUGAGUGGCUGAGCAGAUCUAUGUAGUAUGUGGCUGCACACUACUUAGAUCUGCCCAGUUGCAAUGGUUUUGAAUUGAUAGUUAUAAGUAGCUUCAUAUAAUUAGAAUCUGCAGCCUGCUACGCAGGAGCAAUUAGCUUUAUUAUUUUUUUGUUUACAUGUACAUUAAGGUUGGUGACCUUGCGCGGAGAAUAUACACUUGUUUGACUAUUAAUGUUGAUGUCUUUUGUGCGGUAGUCCGCCACCAAAACGUUAAUAGUCCUAAACAUACACUAUAUAAAUUUGGAACCAAUGAAUUAGGGCGCCCCCUAUUCAUCCGAGAUCCAGAGAUCCUGACCUCCUGGAAGACGCCGGCAAAAGAAUACCACGAGGAUCGGGGUUACAGGUGCCUGUAGCACAUCGCGGCUCCAAAGAAGAAACACUGACAGCUCACUGGACGCAAGAGAAGCAGACUGCCUAGCCCCGUACGGGAUGAAGACACCUGAAAAUGGAUAAAGCGGAUUUCAACCAUUUUGACAAGCUUCUCUUUGAACUAGUAUUUCAGAAUGAACAAGAAUCACAGAAUAAGGAAAAUAUUAACGAACUUAUACAACAAGCUUACCAGCACACAGGCUUUUAAAGGUUACUCUGCUAAAAUUUUGCAUGAAAAACAGCAGAUACUUGCCUUAGAAAAAGAUGUAAGUUUGUGUGAUGAAACUAUUUUGGAUUUACAAAAAUUCUUGGCACAACCUUCUCCAUUAUCUUUAUUGCAUACACCUACUGGUGCCACUUUAAACCGAGAAGUAGCAUUCCUUCAAAGUCAGUUGGACAAUGCAAUAAAUACAUCUGAAAACGAUAAAAAGACAUACCAAGAUUCGGUGUGUGAGUUCAAAAAAAUCUUUAAGCAACACCAAGAAAAGUACAUGAUACUCAAACUUGCAAAGAAAUAUCACUCAUUAAAGCAAGAGCUGGACGAUAUACAGGAUGUGAUCCUGAAACAUGAUCUACAAUGGAAGGAAAAGGACAAAUGCAUUCUAGAUAUUUUGGAACCAGCACCUUUUGCAUCUUAUAUUGAAUGGAGUUUACAGCUUACAACACUGAGGAAAAACAGUAAUGACAUCCUUGAACAGAUUACUCAAAUUUCACAUUUGACUUCUGAAAUAAUGCCCAAAGUCAAGGAACUUGAAAAGAAGAUAAUAUAUUUUCAAGAGCACACAGAAAAUAUACAUACAGAAACCGAGAAUAACACUGCAAGUCAAACUGUGGAAUUUCAACAAAGAAAUUUAAGAGAAGGAGAAACAGGAUUACGCCAAUCAAAUAAACAACCACAGCUAUUACAUCUGCCAGUUCUGCCCCAGAAGUUAGUGCAACCACAGAGAGAUACCAAAUUAUCUUCGUAUUUCAAUGAAUCAGGUAGAAAAGGAAGAGAUGUUGGUAUCCCCAACAAAUGCAGCAGUGUUGUAUCAAGACAAGAUCUAAGUGCGGAAAAAGACAAACAGGCGACAUCAAUUUAUGAUAGAAAUAAAGACCACGGUCCAGCAACACCCAAUUUAUACCCUCAACUUCAGUUAAGGUUGGUUCUUCCUGAAAAGCAAACACAUCCAAAACUGGAUGCCAAAGAAACAGAAGUUAGAAAACAGCAGACCACUGAUGUCCAAGAUACCUCCAAAGACUCAGGUUAUGCUUCACAGACUUAUUCUGGAAGUUAUGAAGAAAUGGAAUGUAAAACUUAUGGAGAAGUGUCACUGCCUGAAGUCUUUGCAUUCCCAAAGACUCCAUCUUCAUUCACUGUAACUGACGCUCCAUCAAGUGCAUCAAGUACAUUUGUUCGAAAAUCUGAAAUCCAUAAAGGAAGACAAGGACACAAUUUCCAACAAUCUUCAGUGGAUUUGUGCUUAACAACCAUGGAACAAACAGAAAAAUCACCCUUCCUUAAUUUUUUUAAGACUUCUACACCCAAAACACCUAACGCUGGUAGUCUUGAUUCCACAUUUGGGCCAAUAAACUUUCCAGAUCAGCAUUUUAGCUUUCCUGGUGUGGAUACCAAUACAUCAUCACAUUUCAAAGAUAUUGGAAGCAUAUUUGGAAAAAUGGAAGCAGAUAAUGAAUUUGCAUUUCCAUUUGCACCAAAGUCUCCACAAGCUUCUGAUGAAGAAAAAGAUGACUUUGGGUUUAUGUUACCAUUUGGAAAAGAGCUAAAAACUCCAAAGGACUCCUUUGAACCUUCACAAAGUAAAAUUAAGUUCUCAUUUUUUUAGAUUCAUCUUUCUUCUACAGUUUGUUGUCAAACUGUUGAAAUAAUGGUUUAUGUGUUAGCUCACAUACAAGUAUUCAGACAGAUCAGUUUUUUUAGACUUUUCAGGUUGUGCGCAGCAGUUAAUGACAGCUAGCAUUUGACACUAGUUAUUAAAGUUUUGCAAAUACACAUUUUCUUCUGCAUUAUCAAAUCAGUAUUCAGUUUUGCAGUGUAAUGUUUUGUGUCUCACAUAAGCAAUGCAUUUAAUAAAUAUUGGUUAUACAAAUUA